UAUUUUCUCGGUUCCAUAUAAACACCGUUCGGUGCUUCUACGUUUUAGUCUAAAAACGGUGCUUGAUAGAAAUACUCACGAUUUAAGUAAAACAGUUAUUUUUUUAAUUUUUUUUGUUCUUAUCGGUUAAGGAAACACAAUGACCUCAUACACAGACAAGGGACGGAAACCCGAAGAUGGGAAAUUCCUUGCUUUCGACCACCUUACAUACUGGGUGUCGAAUGCUAAACAGGCAGCAAGCUAUUAUGUGACAAGAUUCGGCUUCGAACCUCUGGCGUACAAAGGACUCGAGACUGGUUCUAGGAAAACCGUUUCGUAUGCAGUCCGAAUGAAUAAGAUAGUCUUCGUCCUCCAAGCUCAGUACGAGCCUGAAGAAACCGACUUCGCGAACGAAGUAGCCUACCACGGGGACUUCGUAAAGGACGUGGCCUUCCAAGUGGAAAACCUGGACUUUAUCCUGGAGUAUGCGAGGAAACAGGGAGCGGUGGUCGUGAGGGAAUUGUGGCAGGAGGAAGACGAGUAUGGAAUUGUCAGGAUGGCUACUUUGAAGACGUACGGAGACAACACCCAUACUUUAGUGGAUAGAUCACAGUACCGCGGGGCGUUCCUACCUGGAUAUCAGCUGUUACAAAGUGAUCCUAUUAACAAACUCCUGCCAAAAGUGGAGAUCAAAUUCAUAGACCACGUGGUGGGGAACCAACCUGACGGCGAGAUGGAGCAAGUUGCCUCCUGGUACGAACGCUGUCUGCAGUUCCACAGAUUCUGGUCAGUAGACGACAAACAGGUUUGCACUGAAUAUUCAGCGCUCCGGUCUAUCGUGAUGGCCAACUGGGAGGAGACAAUCAAGAUGCCGAUCAACGAGCCCGCAGCCGGCAAGAGGAAGAGUCAGAUUCAGGAGUACGUGGAGUACCAUGGAGGAGCUGGAGUGCAGCACAUUGCGCUUAAUACUGAGGAUAUUAUUACUGCUAUCGAGAAUCUCCGAACUCGCGGCGUAGAAUUCCUGUCUAUACCUUCAAAGUACUACACACUGAUUCGCGAGCGGUUACAACACAGCAAAGUUCGAGUGGCCGAGAGCAUAGACACGCUAGAACGUCUCAACAUACUCAUAGACUAUGAUGACGAUGGGUACCUGCUACAGAUCUUUACCAAAAAUACUCAGGAUAGGCCUACUUUGUUCCUGGAAGUUAUUCAAAGAAGAAAUCAUAAUGGUUUCGGCGCUGGAAACUUCAAAACUCUCUUCGAAUCUAUUGAAUUGGAACAGGAUAAACGGGGCAACUUAUAAACAUACCUUCUCUACCUUUAAUACUUUAAGAAAAUGUUAUUUGAUUUUAUAAACUAGUUUUUUUAUAUACAAGAACUAAACUGUGUAUUACUUGUCUAAUUUACCUUUUUUUUGAACGACGUCAAAAAUAAUCAAAUGACCCCUCCCGCUGUGGGUUAGCAGCGGUGAGGUAGUGUCAGACUCUUACUGACUAAAACCGUCGUGUUCCGUCGUAGGCCUUUUAUGUACCAGAGCCGCGGUAACUCUUUCGAACAACCCGCAGCCCCGGCAUGUCUAAUGUACCUGUUACACUAUUUUGUGCAAAUAAAUAUGUACUUAAACUAUAAGAUUUUUGUGUAAAUAAAUAAGUAAAACCAAAA